AUGGAGGAGACAGGCGCUCAGUGCGCUCCGCAGCAGCCUGCGGGCUCCCAGACUGGGGUUUCUCAAGCCAACCUCUCCGCUGCUCCUUCCCACAACUGUAGCUCCGGGGGCUACAUUUACCAGGACUCAAUCGCCCUGCCCUGGAAAGUACUACUGGCCAUGUUGCUGGCGCUCAUCACUUUGGCCACCACGCUCUCCAAUGCGUUUGUGAUUGCUACUGUGUACCGGACGCGGAAGCUACAUACCCCAGCCAACUACCUGAUCGCCUCCCUGGCGCUCACCGACCUCCUAGUAUCCAUCCUGGUGAUGCCCGUCAGCACCAUGUAUACAGUCACCGGUCGCUGGACCCUGGGACAGGUCGUCUGCGACUUCUGGCUCUCGUCGGACAUCACCUGUUGCACUGCUUCCAUCCUGCACCUCUGUGUCAUCGCUCUGGACCGCUACUGGGCCAUCACGGACGCCGUGGAGUACUCGGCGAAAAGGACUCCUAAGAGGGCGGCAGUCAUGAUCAUGCUGGUGUGGAUUUUCUCCAUCUCCAUCUCGCUGCCACCCUUUUUCUGGCGUCAGGCCAAAGCCGAGGAGGAGGUGUCGGACUGCGUGGUGAACACCGACCACAUCCUCUACACAGUCUACUCCACGGUGGGGGCUUUCUACUUCCCCACCCUGCUCCUCAUCGCCCUCUACGGCCGCAUCUACGUGGAAGCCCGUUCCCGGAUUUUGAAACAGUCUCCCAACAAGACCGGCAAGCGUUUGACCCGAGCCCAGCUGAUAACCGACUCCCCUGGGUCCACGUCUUCUGUCACCUCUAUUAACUCGCGGGCUCCCGACAUGCCCAGCGAAUCGGGGUCUCCAGUGUAUGUGAACCAAGUCAAAGUGCGAAUCUCUGACGCCCUGCUGGAGAAGAAGAAACUCAUGGCCGCUAGGGAGCGCAAAGCCACCAAGACCCUGGGGAUCAUUUUGGGAGCAUUUAUUGUGUGUUGGCUGCCCUUCUUCAUCAUCUCCCUCGUGAUGCCUAUCUGCAAAGAAGCAUGCUGGUUCCACCUGGCCAUAUUUGACUUCUUCACGUGGCUGGGCUAUCUCAACUCCCUCAUUAACCCCAUUAUCUAUACCAUGUCCAAUGAGGAUUUCAAACAAGCGUUCCAUAAACUGAUACGCUUUAAAUGCACAAGCUGACUUGUCAAUUGCAUUGGGGUCGCCUAAAAGUGGCCUUUGGGGACCAUGUUGUGUCUGGUUCCACAGGUAGGUCGACUUUUCUUUCACUGUUACUGGGUCCGAACCAGGCGCUUUCUUCUGGGCAAGGGCAAUGGAUCCUGAGAAGCCAGGACAGCCCUGAGAGAAAGAGAAAGAGAGAGAACGAGCUCUGAAAGAACUGAUUAAAGGAAAGAUAGAGCUUCCCUGCUGAGGAGGAGGCUCCCUUUCAUCCCUCAAACCCCUGGUUCAGCACUGACCCUGCGACAGCCAAUCACAAGGGGAUUUUGCGACUUUUUAAAAACCAAUGAUGGAAAGGUGAUCAUUGCCCCGCUUUGGUGUCAUGAAUGAUGACCUCUAGAACCAGUGAUACAUGUAGGUGUUCGAACCCUGUCUGAGACAGAUGCUUAAAGCCUGGCAGUACUUGAACUAGAUACUUAAUACCCUGUGUUUUGGGGAGAACUUUGUGUUACAGCUUCAUUUGAGAACGGUUACUUUGGCAUCCUUCAGUCUUUGGUUUUUGUUCAUUUAACCUUGGUUGGAAAAACCUGUGGACUUGGUGCUUCAAUCCCUAGGUGUGGCUUGGAGGGCACAGAAAAACCUUGAAGAGUUAAUGGUAAAAUUCUGAUGUUAAGAUUUCUAUUUUUAUUAUAAUUGAAACUAUAUGGGAUUGGGACGGUGGGAAUGGGAGAUGAGGAUGGUUAAACAGAGAACCACCACCUACAAUUGUUUGUUUUCUGCAGAUUUGUGAUUUUUAAUUCCUACUUAGUGAUUGUCAAACCACAUUUCUAACAACUCAAACAAAACAUUACGUGUGCUAGUGCCAAAAUCUGCAGGUUGCUUUAUUUUUUUCUUCUAAUUUAAUGCACCUGUCAUUUUACACAUUUAAAUCCCCAUAAAUGGAGGAUAUGAUGGGUGACUCAGCCCAAGCUGCUCUGUUUCUUAUUAAUGCAAUUGAUUAGACUGAUAUUAGAUAUAUGCUGCUCCUUAACAAGAAAAGCAUCUUUAUUCCUUAUCCAGUUCAGUGAGAUGUAAGGGAAUCCGAUGAAUAGGAUUAGUUCUUAUCCAAUUAAGGAAUGAGGGGCA